AUGACGGAGUGGACGCUCCUCAAACGUCUCCUGGACGCCGUCCACCAGCACUCCACCAUGAUUGGACGCCUCUGGCUCACCGUCAUGGUGAUCUUUCGCCUCCUCAUCAUUGCCGUGGCGACUGAGGACGUGUAUGCCGAUGAGCAGGAGAUGUUUGUGUGCAACACCCUGCAGCCGGGCUGCGCCACAGUCUGCUAUGAUGCCUUUGCACCCAUCUCACAGCCACGCUUCUGGGUCUUCCACAUCAUCAGCGUCUCGACUCCGUCUCUCUGUUUUCUCAUAUAUACGUGGCAUAAUCUGUCGAAGCUGCCGCAGGGACACAGCGGGCAGGGACACAGCGGGCAGGGACACAGCGGGCAGGGACACAGCGGACAGGGCCAGGGGGUUAACCCAAGGGACUGGCCUCGAGACGGGGGGGAGGAUGGAGGUCGAGAGGCAUUCAACCGGAGCUGUGACUCGGAUAGCUGCUCCAUCCGUUCACACCGGCACUUAGGUCACAGCUUGGCCAAUGUCUUGGAGGGAAUCACUGCCCAGAGUCAGAGCCUCCUAAAGGGAGCUGCCACCACUACAGCCACCACCGCCACGUCUCUAACCCAGGCCAGGGGUCGUGUCUACAGAAAUAGCCACUACGAUGCACCGGGGGGUCCUGGAGGUGGAGGAGGAACCGGAGGCGUCCUCUCCAAGUACUACGUGUUCCAUGUGUGUUUCCGGGCGCUGCUGGAGGUGGGCUUUGUCAUGGCCCAGUGGUUCCUCUUCGGCUUCCGAGUGCCCGUCCACUUUUUGUGCAAGGCCCCACCCUGCACGCAGCCCGUGGACUGCUACGUGUCACGGCCCACAGAGAAAACCAUCUUCCUCCUCUUCAUGUUCUGCGUGGGGCUCUUCUGCAUCCUCCUCAACCUUCUGGAGCUUAAUCAUCUAGGAUGGAAGAAGAUCAGACACUCCGUGAGGCUCAGGGAGGGAGGAUCAUGGGGGAAUUAUGGGGUAGAGAAAGGGGGGCAGGAAACCUUUGAGACUUUCUCUCCCGACAGCCCCUCACUGAUGUCAUCUCUGGGCCUUAGGGAUGUCACCAGUACGACGUUGCUACCGAACUUGGAUCUGGUAGUCGACCACCGGCCUGACUGGACCUGUGCUGGGAACUGUUCCCCAUUUAAUAAGGAGCCUGAUGCUGGUAUAGAGACAGAGCUGCAGCUUCCCAACAACCAGGAGCUCCAGAGAGGAGAGACACAGCUUCUGAAGAGCAAAGGGAAGGGCUGGAAAUCCAAGCUGCGCAGUACGGAGGUCUGGAUAUGA